AUGUCAGUUAAAUUUUCUACACCUAUUCCUUACCUAGAUCCCAGCUAUAGAUAUUGCGAUUUUUAUACUAACCUCUCUUCACACUACUCUCCAGGCAUCGAAGUAUGUGUGGCGAAUUGCAGCGAUUUUGAGUUUGGUGCACAUUCAACUCUUACUAUGACGACAGAAGAGUAUUGGGCCUACUGGAAGUCUUUUAGUCGCGAUGGGACUAAGCGGUUACUCUAUCUGAAGGAUUGGCACUACUUUAAAGGGAUAGAUUAUCACGACUACUACUCCCAGCCUGUUUAUUUCUCCUCCGAUUGGUUAAAUGAAUUCCACGAAUUUCGCACUGAUUGUGACGAUGACUUUCGUUUCGUCUACGUUGGACCGAAGGGGACAUGGACGCCCUUGCAUACCGACGUCUACUGUUCCUACAGUUGGUCCGCCAACAUUGUGGGUUGCAAGCGUUGGUGGGUCUUUCCUCCCGGAGAGGAGAAAAAGUUGCCAUUGUUAAGUGGUAACCAGCUCCCGCCGGACAUAAGUGACCGCAACUUUGUCGAUCCCGGAAUCACGGAUUCCGACCUCCCUCAGUGUUACAUUUUUGAUCAGCAACCUGGCGAAAUGUUUUUCGUCCCUUCUGGUUGGUACCACCAGGUUUUGAAUGUGACAGAUUGUAUCUCAAUUAACAAUAACUGGCUGAACGCGUGCAACGUGGCUCUCGUGUGGCGACACUUGCAGACACAAUUGCGAGAGGUGAAAAAGUCCUGCAUCGACGUUGAAUCUACACCAGGUUGGGAAGAUGCUUGUCAGGAGUGCUUAAAGGCGUGGGCGGGUUGGAACUAUGCGGAAUUUUUCAUCCUUCUAAAGUACAUCCUAAUAUCGCGGUGGCUGUGUUUGACUGCACAGGACGUACGGCGGCGUCUGCCCAAAGCAGCAGCAGUACCAGAAGAUGGAAAAGUCCCAUUGCGUGUGUUGGACGAACAAGUGGAGAGCUUCCUCUCGGACGUAGCCAGCUCAGAAUCUCUUCUAGUAGAGUUGUUGGUUAAUGACAUCCCAGAUAGUUGCCUCGAAGGCUUCAUAGACGUGGAGAUGGCGGCUUUCACCAGUAGCGUUCGGAAGCACGACCUCGUAGAAACUUCGCGGACAAUUAGAUCAAUGCUGAUGAACGAGGAUUUGAGGCACCUGCAUCUGCACACCAGAGGUCCCGCAGCCUGGCUCUGGAAGGCUGUUCUUGAUGGUCAAGUAUGA